AUGGGUCACCGGAGAAACGCCAAAUAUUUCUCCGGGCACAGAAUCCCCGAAAUGUCCUUUUCUAAAGCCGAGAUCAGGACCGACUCCGAAGCGGCUGUUAAACAAGUCGCCCGCUUUGCUAAGCGAAUCGGGCUUUCCAACCUUUUGAAGGUCGCCAACGGGAACCGAUCGUCCCGUGAGCCCCCCCGGGACACGGGCUGCCACCGUCGAUCAGCCUGCAGGGCAAGCGAGGUUCCCCAACCUGGCGCCCACCUUCCGUACCUCCGCGGCGCUCCGGUUGGUUUCGGGCCCCCGACGGAAGUCUCGGGAUCGCGGACGCCACGCAAGCGCGCUCCCGGGGCGGGCACCGAAGAGGAGGAGGAGACCGGAAGGCCGCGGGAGCGCGCGGGAGGGAAGCAACCUCCGCGGGAGCGCGCGCAAGGGCGGAAUUGCAGCGGGCGCCCGUUGCAAAAUCAAGCCAGCCAGCCAGCCGGGCGCCGGUCCUCGCUUUUACGUCCCGAGCUCUUCGCGGGGCUCCCCCCCCCCGGCUUCAAUCCAAACCCAUCCGGCUGGUCGCUGGCCCCACCGGCUGCCCGCUGGCCCCCACCGGCUGCCAGGCGGGGAACUACAAGUCCCAGCAUGCUUUGCGUGCCGGACGGGAGGGGAGUUUUCCCAAAAGGCGCCUAUAGGAUCAGCCUGCAGGGCAAGCGAGGUUCCCCAACCUGGCGCCCACCUUCCGUACCUCCGCGGCGCUCCGGUUGGUUUCGGGCCCCGACGGAAGUCUCGGGAUCGCGGACGCCACGCAAGCGCGCUCCCGGGGCGGGCACCGAAGAGGAGGAGGAGACCGGAAGGCCGCGGGAGCGCGCGGGAGGGAAGCAACCUCCGCGGGAGCGCGCGCAAGGGCGGAAUUGCAGCGGGCGCCCGUUGCAAAAUCAAGCCAGCCAGCCAGCCGGGCGCCGGUCCUCGCUUUUACGUCCCGAGCUCUUCGCGGGGCUCCCCCCCCCCGGCUUCAAUCCAAACCCAUCCGGCUGGUCGCUGGCCCCACCGGCUGCCCGCUGGCCCCCACCGGCUGCCAGGCGGGGAACUACAAGUCCCAGCAUGCUUUGCGUGUUUUUGCUGAUUCAGCAGAAGCUGGGACCGAGAGGUGGCGAGCAAUGCAGAGACCACGCCUCGUGGGCGCCACUGGAACCUCGGAAGGGGCGGCUCCGGGCUGCAUAUAAGCGGGCCCGGCUGGCCGGCUGCCGCAGUGUCCUCUCCGACGGCGCGAUGCUAAGCUACGGCGCGGAGGUGCUGUUCGGCGGCGGCCCUGCCGUUUUCCGCAAAGAUGCCGGGGGAGGCUUGCGCUCAGCCGGGCCGGCGGGACUCUCGCGCUCCGGGCUGGGCUCCUUGUCCUCCAGCGGUUUCCACUCGCAGGGCUGGACUCGCAGCUCAGCCUCGGUAUCCCGGCGCCAGCUGGGCUCUUCCACCGAGAGCCUGGAGUCGCUGGGCCCGUUGAACGGCGAGUUGCGCAUCGGGCGCAACGAGAAGGAAGUGCUGCAGGCGCUCAACGACCGCUUCGCCGGCUACAUCGACAAGGUGCGCGCUUUGGAGAUGCAGAACCGGCAGCUGGAGGGCGAGGCGGCGGCCCUGCGCCAGCAACAAGCCGGCCGCUCGGCGCUGGGCGAGCUGUACGAGCGCGAGAUCCGCGAGAUGCGCGGCGCGCUGGUGCGGGUGAGCAACGAGAAAGGGCAGCUGCGCCUGGAGCAGGAGCGGCUGGAGGAAGAGGUGGGGGCGCUGCGCCAGCGGCUGGACGACGAGGCCCGGCUGCGCGAAGAGAACGAGGCGGCCGCCCGCGCCCUGGCCAAAUUCACCGAGCAGGCCCAGCUGACCAAAGGCGAGCUGGAGAAGAAGCUGGCCGCACUGCGCGAGGAGAGCCUCUACCUCCGCCACAGCCACGGCGACGAGGUGGCCGAGCUGCUACGCCAGAUCCAAGGCGGCGGGCCGGCCGCCGUCUUCGAGCUGCGCGAGCUGCCCGCCGUCCAGUCGGAUGUCACCUCGGCGCUCAAGGAGCUCCGCGCCCAGCUGGAGGGCCACGCCUUCAAGAGCACGCUGCAGUCGGAGGAGUUUUUCCGAGUGAGAUUGGACAAGCUCUCCGAAGUUGCCCGGGUGAACACGGAUGCCAUCCGCAACGCCCAAGACGAGCUGUCGGAAUAUCGCCGGCAGCUGCAGUCCAAAACGACGGAGCUGGAAACCCUCCGCGGGAUGAAGGAGUCCUUGGAGAGGCAGAGGCUGGAUAUUGAAGACCGCCACCAUUUGGACGUCCAGUCUUACCAGGAUACGAUUGGACAGCUGGACAACGAGCUCAGGAAUACCAAGUGGGAAAUGGCUGCCCAGCUCAGAGAAUACCAAGACCUGUUGAAUGUCAAAAUGGCGCUAGAUAUCGAGAUAGCUGCCUACAGGAAGCUGCUGGAAGGAGAGGAGUGCCACUUCGGCAGCGGGAUGGGGAUUUUCCCGUUCCCCGAACUCGCCCCCAAGGCCCCGAGCAUCCCCACUCACAUCAAAGUCAAAAGCGAGGAGAAAAUUAAAGUGGUGGAGAAAUCGGAAAAGGAGACGGUGAUCGUCGAAGAGCAGACGGAGGAAGUGCAAGUGACCGAAAAAGUGACGGAGGAAGAAGCGAGUGAGAUAGAAGAGGAGGAGGAAGCCGAAAAGGAGGAGGAGGAGGAAGAGGAGGAAGAGGAGGAAGCAGAAGAGGAAAAAGAAGAGAAAGAGGAAAGCCAGGAAGAAGAUAAAGAAGGAGAAGAAAGCGAAGAAGCUGGACCAAGGAAAGAAUCUCCAUCUGCAGAGAAGACCCCGUUGCCAGAAACGAAGCCCACCUUGAAAGAAGAGGAGGCCAAAACACCUGAGAAGGUUAAAUCUCCCACAAAAGAUGAGGCCAAGUCCCCAGCCAAAGUCCCAUCUCCAACAAAAGAAGACAGUAAACCUCCAGCCAAGGCUGUGUCACCAACCAAGGAAUUGUUGAAAGUCCCAGGCGUGAAACCAGCAGAAGAGGCAACUUCCCCUGUCAAAGAAGAGAGCAAAUCUCCUGGAAAACCUGGAACUCCUGCCAAGGAAGAAAGCCGGACUCCAGAAAAGUUGAAAUCUCCAACGAAGGAGGCAGAGAAACCUCCAGCGGUGAAGGUCCCGGACAAGGUGGCUUCUCCGACAAAAGAAGACCUCAAAUCUCCUGGAAAACCUGGAUCUCCUGCCAAGGAAGAAAGCCGGACUCCAGAAAAGGUGAAAUCGCCAACCAAGGAGGCAGAGAAACCUCCAACGGUGAAGGUCCCGGAGAAGGUGGCUUCUCCAACAAAAGAAGACCUCAAAUCUCCUGGAAAACCCGGAUCUCCUGCCAAGGAAGAAAGCCGGACUCCAGAAAAGGUGAAAUCGCCAACGAAGGAGGCAGAGAAACCUCCAAUGGUGAAGGUCCCAGAGAAGGUCGCUUCCCCAACCAAAGAAGACCUCAAACCUCCAGAAAAGCUCAAACUUCCCCCCAAAGAAGAAGCUAAAUCUCCAGAGAAGGCCAAGACGCCCAUCAAGGAAAAGGCCAAAUCUCCAGAGAAGGUCCAGACGCCCGUCAAGGAGAAGGCGAAAUCUCCAGAAAAGGACACGGCACCCCAAAAGGAACCGGCUAAGCCGGUGACCAAGGAGGAGAAGGCGCCAGAGAAAGAAGCGGAUGCGCCCGCCAAGCCCGUGGCAGAGAAGAAACCAAGCAAGAAAGAAGAGGAGGCCAAGCCGGAGAUCCCAACCAAGGAUGCUCCAAAGCCAGAAGCCAAGGAGAAGGAGAAGAAGACCGAAGACCAAGGGGGGAAGAAACAAAGCCCCAAGGCCAAGUCACCUACCCUGGAUGAGAAAAAGGCACCUGCUGCUCCCAAGGCUGAGGACCCCAAGGAGAAGGAGAAGGAGGCCACCAAGCCACCAUCCAAACCAGAAUCUGGGAAAGAGGCGGAGAAAGGAACCAAGGCGCCCGUGCCAAAAUCUCCAACCGAGGAAGCCAAAGCCAAGAGCCCAAGCCCACCGGCCAAGAAGGAAGCGGAGAAGGCCAAGGGCGAAGAGAAGAAAGAAGAACCCAAGAAGGUGAAAGCUGAGCCCAAGAAGGAGGAGGAGAAACCCAAAGCAGCAGAGAAACCCAAAGAAGACUCCAAGAAGGCCUUGAGCCCCCAAGAGUCGCCCACGCCGGAGGGUCCCAAGGCAACCAAGACGGAAAAAGCCGAGAAGUCAUCUGGGAUGGACCCCAAAGACAGUAAACCAGCCGAAAAAGAAGAGAAGGCCAAGAAAUGAUCAGAAGAUCUUGGAGGUGCUUCAGGGGCCACCUAAGGACUUGGAAGACCACCGAUCUCAGGACUGUCUGUCUCUCUCCCUCUCUCCACAAGGCUAAAUUUGGGGUGAGGUCCCCCCACCCCCACGCCCGAGGAGUCUGGGAGUGCAUGUUUGCAACACGUCAGAUCCCGAGAGGAAGAAACCAACCCAGCUAAGCCACGAUCGAUCUGAGAUCACUCGGUGGGAGGGGGAGGAAAACAAAAAACGACAACAAAACCAAAACACCAAGCCGGUUCCAAUAUGUUAUUGACAGCUUUCGUAGCCGAAUGUGAAAUAUGCAGAA